AUGGAUUUCGGACCAAAAGGACACGUCAACGACUCGCCAUGGAGACUGUAUCAUGUUCUGCUACGUGCAGAACAUGAGAUAGUCUCCAUGGCAACAAAGUCCAGGAAGACGGACGUGAGGCAGCGUGAUGGUACACUCAUCAUUCGUGAUGAGAAGUUAUCCCGGAACCUUGGAGGCGUUGGAGUCGUCGUACACCCAUCUGUUGUUCAUCUUGUCUCGCAUGAGAUCCUAUCACCUCGCCUGGCUAUCCUUCGACUCCGUUCUCUGCAAAAAAUCAUCACUAUCAUCAACUGCUAUUCUCCAAGAUCAGCAGCUGAAGUUGAUGCUUUUUAUGAGGAUUUGGAGGAAGUCAUCCACAAAGAAAAGUUCUUUCAUAAGUUCGUCGAGGGUGACUUUACUGCGCAAAUCGGGAUGCCAGAAGAAUGGGAACAGAGGAUAGGGAGCUUUGGAUCAGGUCUCCGGGAUGAGAGUGGUAACCUCUUGUUGGGCUCUUAUCCGCCGCACGACUUUUUCAUGGCAGCUCUCUUCAUGAAGAAAGAGCACCGGCGGUGGAUAUGGAAGUGACC